CUGUCAUGGAAGUUCAACAAGCGCGGCCCAUCUUGAAGCGCGGCAUGCGCAGGAGUCGCAAGUUUGGACGUUAUGAUUUCGAACGAUUCGAACGAUUUGACCAUCGCUCAUCACACGCAAGUAUAGGCCAUGCGACCUUCGACAAAGUCGAAGUGGACUGCAAGUUCCUCUUCAAAAAGUCGCAAUGGCAUACUCGGAGAGCACAAGAAUCUAGCAGGAAUUAUCUACCUUGAUCUCAGCUUUCGCCAACCGAAAGACUGUCGACUCCACUCUGCCACGGUGAGCGUCACGUUGGAUGAUGAGGACAAAGAGUUGCGAGAGCUGGGCCCCAAGCUUCGCCGAAGGGGAAGCGACUCUCAGUGCCCGAUCCAAAUGACUGACUGCUACGGGCCUAAGGGAUUCGCUGGCCCAGAAAGGACAGUCCUCAGAAAAAGGUCGUUGCAUCUUGCCCCAACGGGCCAGUUUAUGGGCUACGGAUUUGGUGGACUGGGCGUUGAGACAGAAUCUUCAUCUACGUACUCGAGUAGGUGGAGGUUCUCUGGACAUUUGCUUCCAGGCAAAGGCAACGGCUGGGCUUAUAAGACACUGAAAUGGGAUCUGGUAGAGAAUGACCUGGAGGACCAGUCAAUGCACAGCAACGAGGUCCAUACAGCGUUCACUUUCGAACACAGUGGCCAGCCUUUCUUAAUGCGUGUUGAGAUCCAAGGCAAGCUCAAAAAGCUCCAGGGGAGAGUGAAAGACAAACUCAUGAAGUUUCCAUCAACCGCGAAGAAGGAAGACGGUUCCAUGGUGACUCUCAUCAACUUUGGCGAACGCUUCUCGUUCAAGACGCCCCUCGAUGAACGAGCUCGCGAGCUCGAGUUUGAGAUGGAAAUGGCGAAUCUGCAUGCCAUUCCAAUGGAGGUAUCGGACCCCAAAUCGGUGAUUUUCCAAAAUAUCACCUCGAAUUCUGGACUCUCGAACACUUCGAACACCACAGCUCCUUCGGCCUCUUACAACCAACAACAAAGCACGAUAUCCAGUAGUUCACUUCAACCACAACUGCCGACUUCAAAACAGCCACCUUCUUUGCCGAGGGCAGAAAGUCCUACAGUCCAAGAAACCCCUGAUCCUAUGCUCGUUAACUUGGCUCAGGCUUUCGUGGAUCUCCAUACCUUAGAUGAACUGCAGUGUCCUCAAAUCGAUAACGGAAACUUUUCUCCAACGACAAGUCUUGCCCAGGAUGAAAAAGAAAGUAGUGAAACAAAUGAACAACAGCCAGUGCCUAAAGAAGCCCACCAAGAAUACUCCGAUCAACAGAUGCUCCUUCUCCUAAUGAGAAUGCCUGCCUUUCUCGCAUUUCUACGAGUGCUGGUCGGUUUGCUGGGACUUCUGGGCCAGACACCAUUGCCAACACCAUCGCCGAGUACGGUAGGUGGUGAGGUGGAUGAAACAAAACGCCUUCGUCCUGGUAGUAAGGCAGCCGAUGAGUCCGAAGCUUUCACGAGCACGAGGCGGAUAUUUUUACCUGGGGAGCGAGACGAUCCCGACUGCGAACAUGGGAAUGGGGAUACGUUACUGAAGGGGCUGAAUCGUCAAGGAGGACAGGAAGCAGUGAGAAGGACAUAAAUUGAAACGAGGUGGGCGCUGACGUUGAGAACAUCGUUUGAUACCCCCACUCCCCUCCCCCCGCGUCGAUUGGUGGUAUCGAUUGGGGGUCAGGGUGUUACCCUCGUUAACGACUUGUAAUUGGCUACUUAAGCUCUUUAAAGAUCUUAAGUUAGAUUUUUUAAUAUAAAUAUAAACCAGUAUAUUAUAAGGCUUAUAAUAUAAUUACG